UCCCAGCAGACACGCAGAGGCACACAGGCGACCAGACUCUCCAGACUUACUCUAAUUGCGUUUGCGUGUGUCUGCACUUUUCUUUCUCUGACAUGAAGGGAAGAGCUGAGUUAUUUCUUCUUUCUGCUUGUAAAUGGUACUCUUGAACUUCUGAGUGGAUCCGGCGAACUAAAAGAGCAGAAGUGGAAGAAUCCAGAGGUGCAAAAAUUACUGGAGUUAGGCUACCAUGUGGCAGUUUUGGAUGAAGCUCAUCUUGGCCUGGAUGUCCUUGGCAACCCCGAUAUUUGGCCAAAGUGGAGAUGGCGAUUGGGGUUCAGGCUUUGACAUCUUCCCUGGCUUAAUGGCCACCAACGACACAUUGGAGUCUGUUGGUGACGAGCCUGCGAGGGUGAAAAACAACCAUCUCUUAACCCCGUCAUCAGCGGCCCCCUCGCUCCAAUUUGAACCCCAACCAGAUAAGUGCUCUGUCCACUUCAGCACUAAAGUCGCUGCUUCAGCUCAAAAGCUGAAGGCCCGGCGAGAGGAGCUGGACUACCUGAAGACGAUUCAACGCGGCAAUAAGGCAGUGGUGGAGAACUUGGAACAGUUUGUGGGGGCAGAGCUGGGGGAUCAGAAAUAUGAAGAUAUGAUUAAAGAAAACAUCAUCAGUAUCCAGGAAGACCAUAAAGGCUGUAAUGAGGAUUUAGAGAAAGCUGAAGAAGAUUUGAGAAAACAGCUGGAGGGAGAUGGCUUCGCUGGGAUGGAGAAAGUAAGAGAAGAGUCUGUCGUCUUUGAAGAGAUGCUUCGUGCUGCAGCGGACAUUGCCAGCAGGUUGGAGAGAUCAUCCCAAACCCUUCAUGUUUCAUUUACACGGCAGCUGAAAGACAUUGCCAGAAUCCACCAAUAGGAAAUUGAUGAACAGAGUUUCGAAACUGUUCAGAUGUCAGUAUCCAGGUGCAUAAUAAUAAAUAUGUGAAUAAAGGCUGGCAAACUGCUGUUAUGUGCCAAGGUCUAGAGACCUAAAUAUUUUCUGUGUUUUUGUUACUGAGAUGCAACGAUGUCUACCAUUAGCAGGAAAGGAAAUGCUGAAGAAAAUGCUACAAGUUGGGAAAUGAUGGUUUAAACAAAUCACCCCUCAUGGGGUAAGUCAUAAAAGCUAGACUUGUUAAAUAUUAUCUUUAAUUCAGGAAUUGUUUAUGAAAUAAAUGGCAACAAUCUGUGGAGCAAGUCUACCAUUUGUAAAGCUAACUAGAAGAGUCUUUUGGAAAGCCAGCAUAACGACUUAAUAAACAUUUGGAAUGAGAAGACUGUUCAUAAAAUAUGUGUUUUCAACAUUUAAAAAGUAAACUACACUCACUUAAUAGUUUAUUAGGUCCAGUUUGCCAAGACCAAAUUGGACUCAUACCAGUUGAGGAGAUUUAUGACAGAUUGUAUUUUCCUGCUGGAAAAUCCUGUGAUGGUCUGCCGACCUUUCUGUGCAUACUUCGACCUCUCGCCCAGUCUACAACUACAGAAACAAAAACCACAAAACUUAAGUGGAACUUUAUAAUAAAUCCAAAAAAUAUAUAACUUGUUUCCUUUUGUUUUACAAGUAUGAAUCUAGAAAAUGUUGCAUACAUUUGUUGAAGAAUGUGCUCUGGUCAGAUGAAACCAAAAUCAAGCUAUUUGACUCUACAAAAUGCUAUUAGACCACCCAAGGUUUCUUGGUGAAACUUGGUGGUGCCAUGUGUCAUUUGUGCUGCGAGGAUGCUUUCCUUCAGCAGAAGAGGCAAACUGAUUAGAGCUGAUGGGAAUAUAAUAUAGCUAAAUACUGGCCAAAUUGGAAAGAAAAUAUGUUAGAGACGGCAAAAGUCUCGAGAGUAAGGAUGAAUGAUUAUCUUCAGGAUUAUUCAUCCUCAACAUACAGAGCUUCAAUGUAAUGGUUUUUAGGUCAAAGCGUAUUUGUAUUUUUUAAAUGGUGUAACUCAGAUUUACAUCUGAUUAAUCUUUUAAAUUGUUUCGCCCCGGAAGAACCAAUUAUGAAACUGUUUCUCCUGAUUCUCAGAAAGAGUAUGUUGUCAAUGUAUGCUUGUUCCAAUAAAAUCAUUUGCCAUUAUUUAAUGA